CCCGCGCACCCGAAGUCAACAACUUCUGCCCCCCUCUACCCCUGCUCUUCCCGUCGUCGGCCCCGGACGCUCGGCGCGUGGCGGGGACCCGGAGCCCCGGGCGAGCGCGGGGAUGCGGCGCUGAGGCGCUGUCGGGCGGCGAGGACCGGCUCGGCGGCGCCCGGGGCGCGGGGAGCGGGCGGGGGCUCCGCGCGCCUCUCCCCGCCUCCUCCUCCUCCCGCCUCGCUGCCCGCGCGGUGCAAGCAGCAGCCGGAGCCGCCGCCGCGCGCCCGGCCCGCGGAGAUGUCGUCGUCGUCGCCGCCGCCGGCGGGGGCUGCGAGCGCCGCCAUCUCGGCCUCGGAGAAAGUGGACGGCUUCACCCGGAAAUCGGUGCGCAAGGCGCAGAGGCAGAAGCGCUCGCAGGGUUCGUCGCAGUUCCGCAGCCAGGGAGGCCAGGCGGAGCUGCAGCCCCUGCCCCAGCUCAAAGAUGCCACUUCAAAUGAACAACAAGAGCUUUUCUGCCAGAAGUUGCAGCAGUGUUGUGUGUUGUUUGAUUUCAUGGACUCUGUUUCAGACUUGAAGAGCAAAGAAAUUAAAAGAGCAACCCUAAAUGAACUGGUUGAGUAUGUUUCAACUAAUCGUGGUGUAAUUGUUGAAUCAGCGUAUUCUGAUAUAGUAAAAAUGAUCAGUGCUAACAUCUUCCGUAUUCUUCCUCCAAGUGAUAAUCCGGAUUUUGAUCCAGAAGAGGAUGAACCCACGCUUGAAGCCUCUUGGCCUCACAUACAAUUGGUGUAUGAUUUCUUCUUGAGAUUUUUGGAGAGUCCUGAUUUCCAGCCUAGUAUUGCAAAGCGAUACAUUGAUCAGAAAUUUGUACAACAGCUCCUGGAGCUUUUUGAUAGUGAAGAUCCCAGAGAGCGCGACUUCCUGAAGACCGUUCUGCACCGAAUUUACGGGAAAUUUCUUGGAUUAAGAGCAUUUAUCAGAAAACAGAUUAACAACAUUUUCCUCAGGUUCAUAUAUGAAACAGAACAUUUCAAUGGUGUUGCUGAACUCCUUGAAAUUCUAGGAAGUAUUAUCAAUGGCUUUGCGUUGCCACUGAAAGCAGAACAUAAACAAUUUCUAAUGAAGGUUCUUAUUCCUAUGCAUACUGCGAAAGGAUUAGCUUUGUUUCAUGCACAGCUCGCUUACUGUGUUGUACAGUUCCUGGAGAAAGAUACAACACUGACAGAGCCGGUGAUCAGAGGACUGCUGAAAUUUUGGCCAAAAACCUGCAGUCAGAAGGAGGUGAUGUUUUUAGGAGAAAUUGAAGAAAUCUUAGAUGUCAUUGAGCCAACACAGUUCAAAAAAAUUGAAGAACCACUUUUUAAGCAGAUAUCCAAAUGUGUCUCCAGUUCUCAUUUUCAGGUUGCAGAAAGAGCAUUGUACUUCUGGAAUAAUGAAUAUAUUCUUAGUUUGAUUGAGGAGAACAUUGAUAAAAUACUGCCAAUAAUGUUUGCCAGUUUGUACAAAAUUUCCAAAGAACACUGGAACCAGACCAUUGUAGCACUGGUGUACAAUGUGCUGAAAACCCUCAUGGAGAUGAAUGGCAAGCUGUUCGAUGACCUCACCAGCUCCUAUAAAGCUGAGAGACAAAGAGAGAAAAAGAAGGAAUUAGAACGUGAAGAAUUAUGGAAAAAACUAGAGGAGCUGAAGCUAAAGAAAGCUCUAGAAAAGCAGAACAGUGCUUACAACAUGCACAGCCUCCUGAGCAGCGCCAGCGCCGAGUAGAGGCGGCCUGCGCCCCGUGGUGGCGCAGUGCUCACACACAGCAUGGUGUCACCCGGAAAAACUGCGGAGCAACCUCAUCAGUAUAACACAGUACAAGCCAGUCUCUCCUGGCGACUGUAAAUGAAAGCGUGUAUGGACUAAACGUAGCCCUGUGCUGUACCCUGGCCACAGUAUGCUGUAACCUCUGUCUAAUCAUCGAUGUGUAUUGUGUCACUUCUCAAGUUUCACAGCAAUGAAUGAAUUUUAUCAUCUACGAGUGAGAUAAUUCUGGGAGUGGUAAGAAUUAUGACUUGAAUUCUUUUUUGAUUGUGUUGCACACAGAUCAAGUAGUCUGCUCUGUAUAGUUUUCCUUCUAUAAUGUGCUUUUCACAUUACUGCAAACCUUAGUUAUAUCCUAGGACAGAGAGUUUCCUAAAGUAAACUAAGGCACCAUCCUCCCUGCGUCUCCCAGAACCACGCGUGGCGGGACCCUCCUGCACCUUCCCACCCACCCCCCGUCAGAGGGGGGAUCCUGUGCUCUGGAAUGCGAGUUAAACCUUCAGUCUCCAGGCUUUUAAAGCACAAAAUAUGAAUAAAAGCUGGGAAAGUAAACCAAAACUCCUGAGUGUUCCUCACAACACCCCUCACCUGCAGUGCCCACGGGUGAACAGAGGCACACGGUGCAGCCGGGGCCACGGCUGCCCUGGCUGCCCUGGUCCCUUCCCUCCCGGAGGCUGCAGGCAGCGCCUCUCGGUCCUCACCGCCUUGCCCGGGUCCCACAAGAGCACUGCACCGCGCCAGCCGGCACUGCCGGGCUUUGUUUAAAGGAGAUGCAGCAGGCUUCCUCGUAGCACGCUGAAGGCUGACCCCGUAGAGCCCGUGUAUGUUUCUACCUGGUCAGGUUUUCUCACACCUUUUCUUACCAGACUACCAUUCCAGUCUCUUUAACUUGCAGUUGUGUGGAAACUGUUUUGUAAUGAAAGAUCUUCCUCGGGGGAUUGAGCAGCAUUUAAUAAAGUCUAUGUUUGUAUUUUGCCUUA